AUGGCGGAGCUCCAUACCACAACCAAGCUAGAGCCGGACUCGCACAUUCUGCUGGAUCAGCCACUAUUACGAUUACCUCAUGAACUCCUCCGCAAGAACCUCAAAAACGCCCAGAGACACAUCGAGCAGAGCAGCAAGAACAUCCAGAAAGAUGUGCAGUCCGCGACAAAGCUGGAGCCAGCACAGACACUGGCCUCAUUGGAUGCCACACUAGCCAAAGCACAGACUUUGAAACGGAAGCUGGAGGCUCUUCACCAAGAAGAACAGAACCUCCAUCGGCAGCAGCGAUUACGCAUCGAGCACCUACAGCAGCUUCACGAAAUUCCCAGCUUGGCCGAUGUGAAGUACGAUACCUGGUCACAUACGCGGCUGGACCGCUUACUCGUGGACUAUCUCCUAAGGCAAGGCUACACCCAAAGUGCGAGAGAGCUUGCGGCCGAGAAACACAUUCAAGAGCUGGUGGACGUAGAUGUGUUUGACGAGUGCGCCAGGAUUGAAGCAAGUCUUGCACAAGGGAGAACACAGGAAUGCUUGUCAUGGUGUAGCGAGAACAAACAACCUCUGAAGAAGAUCAAUAGUAAACUGGAGCUGGAGCUGCGGCUACAACAGUUUAUCGAGCUAGCGAGAGGUGGAAGUCAGGUGGAAGCUAUCAUGCAUGCCCGCAAACACCUCGCUGGUGAACAAGACCCGCAUUUCGGACUGAAGGCAGGUGGCCUACUCGCACAUCCCACAGAUACACCGGUGGAGCCAUAUCGAGAAAUGUACAGCCAGGAACGAUAUGCAUAUCUCGCCGAGCAGUUUGUGAAGACACAUCACGAGCUAUUCGCACUACCGUCCCAGCCUUUAUUGCAUAUUGCCCUCUCAGCCGGUCUGUCCGCGCUCAAAACUCCCAGUUGCCACUCCCAAUAUGCUCUCCGAGCAAAUGCAAACACCGGCGCUCCUGUUUGCCCGAUAUGCAGCACAGAGCUCAAUGAACUGGCACGAAAUGUCCCAUAUGCGCAUCAUAGCAAGAGCUAUAUGGAAGACGAUCCUGUCGUGCUGCCUAACGGUCGUGUGUUCGGGCGAGAACGUUUGCAAAGGUUGAACGAGAAGCUUGGGACUGCGCCUGGGAAAAUCAAGGACCCGACCGAUAUGGAGACGGAAUGGGAUGAGAAGGAGCUCAAGAAGGUAUUCAUUUCAUAG